GCCUGGGUCCAUGAUAACACAGAGUCUGUAUACAGAGAGCUAUUUAUAGAAAUCUGUUGAGGAUGACGAUAAACACAACCAUUAAUUGGAGCUCCGACUGCUUACAGACGGUGGUUCGGUCAAGUACUCCUCACAUAUACAAUGGUUGACAAAGCAGCAGAGCUUUACCACGCUGUGUGUGAAAAUAAUGCGGACAAAAUCUUAGAACUUCUGGACAGCGGGGCCAAUCCGAAUGAAUAUUAUGACGACAUGGAGAACAUCAGUUCAAGCUCAAUCCUCCAUGUCUGUUGUGGAAAAGGACAUCUCGAGUCGAUUCGGGUCCUCGUGGACAGAGGGGCCGACAUCAUGUCACGUGACAAAUGGCGGAUGUCACCACUGAUACACGCCAUCAUGCCCCAAUUUACGGAAGUGGUUGAAUUCCUGGUAACAAGAUGCCCGGAUGUUGUCAAUAUGUGCGAUAAAUUUGGUAAAGCUCCAUUACAUUAUGCCAUUGAAUCAGACUGUGUGGCAAUGGUGAACUUGUUGAUUUGUAAUGGCGCGGAUGUAAACAUUGGGACAAUGAAAGGAAUUACCCCUCUCAUGUUGUUGUGUUCUAAAUCUGACGUACAGAAUGACACAGAGAUGAUGCGUCUACUGAUAAACCACGGAGCCUUAGUUAACUUGAGGGACUUGGCGGCCAAACGCAGUGCUUUACAAUAUGCCGCUCUUAAGCUGAAAGUUGAAGCGGUCCAGAUUCUGCUAGAGGCGGGCGGUGACCCUAAUACUCUGGACGGGGCCGGGAGAACUCCAAUGACUAACGUGAUCCGCCAGUGUGUGAGAGCUGACGGGACCAUCCGUACCGACGACUGUCUGACCAUUGUCUUGAUGCUACUCCACGCCGGAAGUGAUGUCAACAUGACAACCUGUGAGGAAUGCUGUCCGCUCAUUGUGGCCUCGAUUUUGAGGUGCCCGACUUUGGUCAAGUUUUUCUUGGAUCAUGGCGGGAAUCCCGUUGCCUGUGGAAUAACUCCCAUUUUGCCAGCCGUUUGUAACCACGACACCCAGACGAUCAGACUUUUGCUUGAAUACAACAGUCCUAUCAAUCUUCCAGGCCGUAUCGUCAGGCGGAGAGAGGAGUUCUACUUUGAUCCCUGUGAGCUGGCCAUCCACUUGGGUUUCUUUGACGUAGUGGAACUGUUAUAUGAUUAUGGCUAUAACCUAUCGAAGUACCCGUAUCUAGUUGAUCCUAUGGGCUCUAUUGAUACUCCUGUGACGCUCAAAGAAAAUGCCCUAGCUCUAGGGCAGCUACGUUCGCUAGCAUCUAACCCUCAUUCGCUGUUUAAAGUUUCAGCGCUAACUAUUCUUAAAGUUUUACAGAAGAAUUUACACGACAAAGUGAGACUGUUACCUCUGCCAUCAUCUUUACAGGAAGAUUUGCUUUGUUUAGCUGCUCACUGACAAAAAAUAAAUAAAUAAUACAAUGUUCAAUGAAGGCCUUGUCAUGAAUUAUCAAAAAACUGAUUUAUAAAUUACUCAAUUGACAAUUUUGAAGCACCCCAAAAAAUACAUUUGUAAGAGUUUGCUUAGUUGAUACCAUGUUAUGAAUAUUAUUUUAAUUGAUUCGUAAUGUUAUCACAGACAAAGGCAUGUUAAUGUGUUUUUUUUACAUGUCAGUGUAUUAUUGACUUAUCAUAUUUCUUCUUGAACAUAUGCAUUGAUAUGUAUCACCCAUUUGUUUUAAAGGACAUAUAGCGAUAUUCUUGAAUAAGGUAAUGUUAAUUGCUUUCGGUAAAUAUAAACAAUAAAAUACUUUCUUUGACGAUUCAUGUGGGCUAUGAAGGUAACGAUGAUUGCAGAAAAAAAUUAAAUGACACACUUACGCGGGUUACGUAUUUUUUCUGUAAUGUCGCCACGUUCAUAUCCCUCAUGAAUCAUGCACCAAAAGAAAGCAUUUUAUUGUUUCAAUAAUCAUGACCUUUAAAAGAGACCAAUCUGCCCAGAUUUUUUAUACUUAUAUUCUGUGAUACACUAAAUGGACUGAAGAAAAAAAAUUGAAUUUUGUCUGGAUAUUGUUUUAAACACAAAUCAGCAUACUGUGGUUUCAUUAAUAUUCAAGGGUAUAAAUUUUCGUGGAUAAAGUGAAAAUCGCAGUUUCAAGGAUACGUAAAUUCGUGGCCAAGGACCCUAUCAAUACAAAAUAUUAGAAAAAAUUGCAGUUCAAUGAAUAUUUAAUUUCAAGGAAAAACUUUACAACGAAAUCAACGAAGAAUAUUGAUGAAACCACAGUAAUUGCAUAUCAGAUGUAACUAUAGUUUUUAAGACUGAUACCCAAGAAGUUUUGAAUAUAUCGAGGAACCAAUCUCCGUAACGGUGAGGUUACAGAAAAUCUUGUUUACCAAAAUAUGUUACAUUCCUCUAUCAGUUGAUGUCAAGGUCUGAAAAAAGCUAAAUGUACCCUACAUCUUUGUAUUUUAAUAUAAUUAUAAAUAUUUACAUGUAAUUGAAUUGAAUACUGAAAAAAUCAAUAAUAGCACUCAUACUUGUUGGCUGUAUAUUUGUUUUCGAUUGAAUGCGAUGGAUGUGAAUUUUAAAACGAGAGUGGCCUAAUCGUUACAAAUAACAUGUAAAAUACCGUACACUCUUACUGACACAGCUUUCAUCCAAAUAAAAGAGUUAUCUCUCUUUGAUAAGCCAUAAUUCAUUGAAACGUAUAAAAUAUAACCACCAUUUCGGAGUGCAUUAAAAUACAUUGAAGAUCGUCUUAAUAAGAACCCAGGGUUGGGAUUCAUAAGAUACUUAAACAGUACUUACAUGUAAGUGUAAGAAAAUCCCGGCCCUGGUUUCCUUAUCAUGAUUUAAUCAGCUUAGUUUUAGAAUUCUAUCUCCGUAGAUUUUUAGUGCCUCAUCAAGAGGAGGAUGGUAAA